CUCGAGGAGGCUAACGCUAGCAGCAGGGCUACAAGUUGAGAGCGACCAAAACAAACGAUGACGGCCGAGCAAAGGAGCCGAAAAAAGAUGGAUUAGGUACGGGAAUGGGUUUGCUUUGAUAGUUGUGGCAGAGUUCUAGACACGGCAUUAGAUAUACUCGUAUUUCUACAAGGGAAAGUAUGACAUUUUGACUGCCAACUGGCCAGUUUGCGAGCUGUAACUGUAUCUGGGUUUAAAGCUGUUCCUGUACACUAACGUUACAGCUGUGCUAACUAGCUAAGUGGUAGCUAGCUGUCCACAACGCUUUUCUGGACAGAGCAAAAAAAAUUAAAUUGCGAAAUUGUUCGCGUUAGGUUAUCGUUGAGAAAUGUAGACACAGUUCAAGUGACCGUGUUUUGUGUGGUGACGCCAAAUUCCCUUUAAGAUCCGCGUAACAAUUUGUGGACUUGGUGCUAGCUAGCUAGCCUAACAGUCAAAGAUGAGUUGGUUUAACGCGUCUCACCUGUCCAGCUUUGCCAAACAAGCUUUAACAACAGCUCAGAAGUCCAUCGACCGAGUUCUGGAUAUCAAAGAAGAGGACCAAUGGGGUGACACAGUUGUAAUGCCCUAUGAUGAUGUUACAAUACCUGGAAAGCUGUCAUUGAGUGGAGGAUGGGGGAUGACGCAGUGGGAAGCACCACCUGAAGAAAAGACCACCACUCCUCCUCCUUCCUCUGAGGCCAUUACUACUCCUGUCACUCGCACAGUUGUGGAUGAAUCAGAAAACUUUUUCAGUGCCUUUCUGCCACCCGGAGACGGACAAGGUGUCACCAAAACCCAGGUAGUGUCUGUACCUCCUACUAAGUCUCAAAUGCGGCCUCAGGAGAAGAACAAGAAAAACAAAGAGGCUGUGGCGCAAAAAGAAGUGGAGUCUCAAAAGUCAUCACCUGCUGAUGAGAUUCAUGAGAGUCAGACAGUUGCUGAGAGCCAGCCAGUUGAGCUUGAGUCCUCACCAGCAGCACCUUAUGCAGACACUAUUCUCCUGCAGCCAGUUUCUCCUACAUCUUCUUCCAGUGAUCUUCCUUGUAACACUGACAGCAAAACGAGCGGUCUAAAAACAGAUGUUGGCUCUACAGUUCCUGUAGAAUCAAAAACAGAGCAGUCACAGACUCCGUCAGAUCAACAGGCUGAGCAGGAUACCACAGAUUCAUCUCAACCUGCUAAUGUCACCUCUGAACCUAAGAGCACUACACCGUCUGAUCCUUCGCCCUCCCCGCCCUCUAAGGAAGCACUGAUAGAGCAUAAAGACUCAAAAGGAGAGGACCGUCAAAAUGAUACCCCCUCUCCUCCAGUCAGCGCUUUCUCCUCAGGAACCUCUACUACCAGUGACAUUGAAGUGCUUGACCAUGAGUCUGUGUUGAGUGAGAGCUCGGCCAGCUCCAGACAGGAAACAGGGGAGGGCAAGGCUGGCCUUCAUUUAAUGCAGGGCUCCUUCCAGCUUCUCACUGCCUCCACCUGCGGAGAUUUCCCCCGUCUGGAGGACUAUUCCAAACUCACAGAGAGCUGCGGCUCCUCCUCGGAUGCCUUUGAGCGCAUUGAUUCUUUCAGUGUGCAGUCACUGGACAGCCGGAGCGUCAGUGAGGUUAACUCAGACGAUGAGAUCCCUGGCAGUCGGACACUGGCGUCUGUCACUGCAGGCCCUCCUCCUUUAACAGCUGUAUGUCAGAAGCAAGAAGAUGGAGUAGUGGAGAAGGCAGGAGAGGAGGAAGAGGAGGAAGAAGAAGGCUUUACAGAAACCAUGAGGGAGCAGUCGCUGGAUGAGAUGGAGGAGAGUGGACGGAGUGCAACACCUGUUAAUAGUGAGCAGCCCGAAGACUUGACAGAACAGGAAUCUGAGGCUAAUGUCACCCUGUCGGAUUCUACCUCCAAAGCUGAAAUACAGAUCACUCCACCAAUCACUGAAGAGAUGAAAAGUGUCUCAACAGUUCAGAUUCUGGAGCUGCAAAAGGCCAUUGAUGAGCUGUCAGGUCGCCUUGAGAAGAGAGAGUCUCAGCUGCUGGCAGCCAACAAAGAGAAGGCCAGGCUGGAGGAGCUGUGUGACAAUCUCAAAGAUGAAGUGAUAAGCCUGAAGGAGGAGAGCUCUACUGUUCAGUCCCUAAAGGAUGAGUUCACCCAGCGCAUCGCAGAUGCAGAGAGGAAGGCUCAGCUGGCCUGCAAAGAAAGAGACAUAGCCAAGAAGGAAAUAAAGGGCUUGCGAGAAGAGCUUUCUACAAGACUUAACUCCAGUGAUACAAUGGAGAUCAUCAGAGAGAAGGAAGAGCAGAUCAGAGGCCUGCUGGAAGAAGGUGAAAAGUUGUCCAAGCAGCAGCUGCAGCACAGCAACAUCAUCAAGAAACUGCGUGUGAAGGAGAAGGAGAGCGACACAAGGAUCACCAAGCAACAGAGGAAAAUCAAGGAGCAGGAGGAGGAGCUCAAGCAACUGCAGCAGGUCUUAGAUGGGAAGGAGGAGGUGGAGAAACAGCACAGGGAGAACAUCAAGAAGCUGAACGCUGUGGUGGAACGGCAGGAGAAGGAGCUGAGCAGGCUGCAGACAGACUCUGAUGAGCUGCAGGAGAAGAACAGGAGCGUCCAGGCUGCUCUGGACAAUUCUUACAAGGAGCUGGCAGAACUUCACAAGGCGCACGUCAGCAAAGCCAGUGAGGCGGAGGAAGCGAUUCUUAGCAGGGAAACCCAGGCCAAAGAGCAGCUGAGUCUGGCUCUUGAGAAGGCCCAGGAGGAGGCCAGGAUGCAACAGGAGGCUCUUGCUAAUCAGGUGGCUGACCUGAGACUGGCUCUACAGAGGGCUGAGCAACAGCAAGCAAGGAAAGAAGAUUACUUGAGAGAGGAGAUCAGUGAGCUGCAGCAGAGGCUUCAGGAAGCAGAGACCAGGAACCAGGAACUCAGUCAAAGUGUUACCUCUGCAACACGGCCCUUACUGCGACAGAUUGAGAACUUACAGGCUUCACUGGGCGGACAGACGGCAUCCUGGGAAAAACUGGAGAAGAACAUCUCUGAUAGGCUAGCUGAUGCCCAGGCACAGCUAGCUGUUGCUGUGGAGAAGGAGCGAUCCGCAACAGAAGACCUUCUGUCCAUUAAGUCCCAGCUGGCCUCCCUGGAGUCCCAGAAUUCCCUGUUUCGCCAGGAGAAGGCCAGACUCCUGUCACAGCUGGAUGCUGAGAAGACCAAGAGAGAGAAACUUGAGGAUGAGAGCAGCAGGGAGCAUGUUGAUUUGGAAAAUCUACGAGGAGAACACAUCCGCAUGCUAGAAGAGGCCAAGAAAGAAAAGCUGCUGCUGACCAAUCAAUUAGAGAUGGAGAAGAUGAAGGUGGAGCAAGAGAAGAAGAAAUACUACUUAGCACAAGAGGCACUCAAGGAAAAGGAGCGGAAGGCCAUGACCCACUCUGUAGGAGAGCCCCCAGCCUCGUCCACACCCUCUCUGUCUCGCUCCAGCUCCAUCAGUGGGGCAGACAAUGGUGGUCUACACACUUCUAUUCUUUCCCAGGAUGACUGUUUAGACCACUCUCUGGGUAACAUGACCAUGUCUAUGUCGAUGAGUGGGACCAACCUGUACGAGGCCGCCAGGCUGUCUGGAGGCUCCAGCAUCAUAGAGAACCUUCAGUCUCAGCUCAAACUCAGAGAAGGAGAGAUGGCACAACUACAGCUUGAGAUUUCCAGCCUAGAGAGGAGCCGUUCUGUGAUGGCAGAAGAGCUGGUCCGACUCACCAAUCAAAACGAUGAGAUGGAGGAGAUGGUGAAGGAGAUCCCCAAGUUGAAAGUUCAACUCAAGGAUCUGGAGCAGAGGCACAACACCAUCCUGCAGAUGUAUGGAGAAAAGGCUGAGGAGGCAGAGGAGCUGAGACUGGACCUUGAAGAUGUGAAGAACAUGUACAAAACCCAGAUUGAUGAACUGCUCAAGAACCAGAAAUGAACAGUUGUUACUGAACUGUUACUUCUGGGACACUCACAAACAAAUCAGUCGACCGUCUUGGCCGCCACACAUGCAUUCACAGAAAAAAGAUAGGAGGGAGAAUUUAAGUUUAAUCACUGUGUCGAAAGAAAAUUCUUUUAUCUUUAUCAAUUAUUUUAUUUUAAUUAAUUAUCACAUACUAUAUUUAAGUGGGGACGUUGGGAUUAUGCAUAACACACAGUGUAUUAUUACAGAAUCAGUAUGAAGGAUAGCCACAGUUUGUGAUUCAGGUGUCCAUGUGAAAUCUUUGGGACUAAGCACAAACGUUGCUGUAGACAUAAAUUCUCAUGAUUAAACCUUUGACAUAGUAUCAUAUAGACAGUUUAUAACUGUAGGAGAUGGUGAAGGUUUUUUUGCACUAUACAAAUUCAUCCUUCUUUAUUUCUUAAUGCAUAGUCAGAAUGGGUCAAGAAAUAUAUAAAAAUACUGUACAGAGAAAUUAAUGUAUUGUCAUUAACUCCUUACAAAUCAGCCAGUGUGGAGUAGACCUGAGAGUAGUCUGUGAUUGAAAUCCUAAAGAUUGGAUUUAAAACUUUAUAAAUAUGUAAAUGAAUAAACAUUUAUUUGGGUGGUGAACAAUACUGUUAUUAAUUUGAAGUGUGUGGAAACACACAUUAGAGGUCAGUAUGUUCCAAAUACUACGUUAUCUCAAUGCUGCACAAAAGUCUUCAAAUAAAUCUCCAUGUUCUGAACAGCUGUCCAAUCUAUGCUUUUACCCAAGACCAGCAAUACUUGUUAAAAGGACAGUUCACCUCAAAAUAUAUAUUUAUCAUCUUACCUGUAGUGCAGUUUAUCAGUCCAGAUAAUUUUGGUGUGAGUUGCAGAGUGUUAGAGAUAUCAGCCGUAGAGAUGACUGCCUUCUUUGCAAUGUAAUGAAACUAGAUGGCACUCAGCAUAUAGUGCUCAAAACGAGUAAAAAGAGGCAAAAGAGUACAUUUAAAGUCAACAGCAGUAUGUCUCUCCAGAAAUCAUGACUCAGUUACUCAAGAUAAUCCACAGACCUUCCUGUGAGCAGUUUCAUGUGGGAACUAUUUUCUUUCUACUGAACUACACUCAUGAACUGUAUCACCAUGCCGAAGGAUGCGUGCAUCUGCUGCUAGCUCAACUAGCACCACUGAGCCAGCUAAUGUCACAGCUCAGCCGAGGGCGAUGCCAUUAAUGUUUACAUCUUGUGCUGUUACAAGCAUGUGCAUGUGCGCUAAAAUGCACUCUUCCCUCUGCAUAGUAAAAGAGUUUGCGGUUGUUGAGUAUCCUAAUGGGGCAAAGUGGGACUGAUUACCCAAGGCCCCAUUGGGAAGGGGGAAUUGAAAAGUUUGGUUUUGUUUGCAAUUUUUUGUUGCUAAGUAAGUAGUGCCAUAACUACUUCAAAUUUGACUGAGGAAUCCAGUUGAAAGUCUGAACUUUGUAUAUAAAAUAGUGGAAGCUCUCUGAUGUUAUUCUCUUCUCUUCAAGGUGCAAAAUGGUAUAGUUCGCCUGUACACUAGGAUUUGUCUCUAAAUGCAGUUAGACCAGGUUGAGUGACUGCUUAAGCUGCUGGAGGACCAACAUACAAUGUCACAU